AUGAAUGAACACAAAUCAUCAUCCACAACAACUGAUGCCACUUCUACGAAAUCUUCCAAACUAUCCGUCAUUUCAUCGACUUGCUCUCCCACUUCAACGACUCCUCCACCCAUCUCCAUUCUUCAACGACCACUUGCUAUUGGACGACGACGUGGUACUGUGAAACAUACCUCUUCCUCCUCGUUUGUAAUUCCUUCAUCGACGUCAUCAUCUGUUUCAAAUGUCCCUUUCUCUUUGAAUGAUGAUAUGGAUGAUGUGAAAAAUGUGGAUUCGAAAACACUCACAUCAUAUCAUUCAUUUUCAUUGUUGCAAUCCUCUACCGUCUCCAAUGAUCUGUCCAAUACUAAUAACAACAAUAUUGAUGUGGCUAUUUCAAACUCCAAUUCCAAAAAUGGAAAUGACGAAUCGUCCUUGUCCUCGACUCCAACUUCCACUCCAACGUUAUCCACAACAGAUUGUAAACAAAACAAUCUGAGUAAUCCAUCCACACCAACCAUUGGUUCUGGCACCAUCUCGAAAGGCUCUGCUAGAAAGCCAAAGCCAAUGGAAACUUUCAAUCCACAAGAUUUUUACUCGGUUGAACUUUCACAAUUGACCUAUAAGGAAGAUCCACCUGAAAACAUUGUCAUUGUUGACGGUCAAAUUGAACAUGCAUCAUUGAAUAAGCUUAUCGAAGAAUUGACCUCUCACGUGAAUUAUGACAUUCACUUUUUGCAUACGUUCAUGUUAACAUUCAGAAACUUUACAGAUAAGGAAACAAUUUUCAAAAAGCUAGAAGAGAGAUUCAACUACCCACCCAAUUGUCCUCCAGAAGAAUUCGCCACAUUCAAACGUGAAGUAUUGGAUAAGGUUAGAUUGAGAAUUAUCAAUUGUAUCAAAUAUUGGAUUGAGAACUUUUUCGUUUUCGACUUUGACAAUGAAAUGAUGCAAAUUUUGAAUCGAUUCAUUGAAAUGGUUAAGAAAUCCAACCAAACAGCAUUGGCCUCAGUCUUAGAAAAAGCAUUGGACCGUGUGAAAAACAACGACACAGGAAAGGUCAUUACACAAGUCAAGGGUCCAGAAAUUCUCAAAUUGAAAAAGGGUCUUUUCAACAAGAAGAAAGAAUAUGGUAUUCUCGAUUAUCCAAUUCUUGAAAUUGCUCGUCAAAUCUGUCUCAUUGACUAUGCCAUGUUCAAAACCAUUGAACCUAAAGAAUGUUUGAAUCAAGCUUGGAACAAGGAACACCGAGUCACCAAAGCCCCUAACAUUUCUAAAAUGAUUCAAUACUUUAACUUACUUUCUGGUUAUGUCGCAACAGAAGUAUUGAGACCAGAACUCGAACCUGAAAAGCGUGUGAAAACCGUUGAGAAAUUCUUGGAAUUGGCCAAUCACUGCAAGAAUUUGAACAACUUCAAUGCUGUGUUUAGUAUUAUGAGCGGUUUGAACUCGUCUGCUGUUCACCGUCUCAGUAAGGUAUGGGAUGCCAUCAGUGAGGAAUCUAAAAAGAUUAGAGAAGAUUUGGAAUAUUUACGUCAAGGUAACAACUUUUCCAAUUUGAGAAAUGUUCUCAAGAAUGUCAAUCCUCCUUGCGUUCCAUUCAAUGGUCUCUUCUUGACCGAUUUGACAUUUAUCGAAGACGGUGCUCCAAAAUAUAUUAAUGGAUUGAUCAAUUUUGGUAAAUGUCGAUUAUUUGCAAAGGUGAUUCGUGAUAUUCAGACUUAUCAAAACACAAGAUAUAACUUUGAAGAAUAUCCUGAAUUGAAGGAAUUAUUACUUGGUAUCACUAAAUUGAGUGAUGACGAAUUAUUUAACUUGUCACUUCAAAUUGAACCUAGAAAGCAAAAGAAGAAGAAGGCAGCAGGUGCAUCCUCGACAGCUGGAGCUUCUGCAUCCAUGACCAAAGAUGACGACGAUGAGGACAAGCCAAAACCAAACAUGGAUCUUUAA